GCACGUGUGGAUUCCGACGGCAUCACUGCACCGCAGACGCCAUCGCGGAUCUGGUGACCACGCUCGAGGAAAGCAAGGCAAAGAGAUGGACGACGGGAGUCGUCCUUCUCGAUGUGUCUAAAGCAUUCGACGCCGUCAAACACUCAGCAAUUCUGGACAUGCUCAGGCUGUCAGGAAUCGAGGGCCGACCGCUCCGUUACGUGAGGGCAUAUCUCAGCGGCAGAGAGGCGCAGGUACGAGCAGCCAAGGGACUCAGCACUCCCAGGAAGAUCAGGUGUGGCGUCCCCCAGGGGGGCGUGCUUUCCCCCUUGCUAUUUAAUGUGGCUAUGUCGGCCCUCCCGCAAAUCAUAAACAUUGGCCAAAAGGGAGUCAAGCGCCUCCAAAUAGCGGUUUACGCAGACGACAUUGCACUUUGGGCAACUGCUCGGGGAUGGCACCGAGGGGCCGUGCGGAAAGCUUUGCAGAGAGGGGUCACCAACAUUGAGCACUAUCUUUCCCUGCUCGGCCUGUCCCUCUCCCCGAGCAAGUCCGUCGUUCUGUGCAAUGCCCCCCACUACACAUAUCGCUUCUCAAUGUCAAUCAAAGCAGGCGGCACAGAAAUUCCAAUCAAGAAGCAAGCAGCUUACCUGGGGGUGCAACUGGACAGGAAAGCCACAUGGGCUCCUGCGGUUGCAGAGGUAAUCCGUAAGUGCCGACGCCACGCGCGUAUAAUCCAAAUGCUUGCAGGUACUCGCCGCGGAACCUCACAGGGUAUGCUGUUGACCCUCUACAAGGGAUUGAUUCUUUCUCGCGCACUGUACGCACUGCCGCUACUAACACUCACAGAGAACCAGUGGGAACUGCUCGAACGGAUGCAACGCACUGCACUUCGCGUCUGCCUCGGAGUCCCCCGCACGGCCUCCUCGCGCCACACACUGAACGAUGCAGGCGUCACCACGGUAAGACUCGCAGCGGCCGAACGAGCGAUGCGGCACCUCAUCCGGAUCGGUGAGUCGAGGGGCACAACCGGGCUGCCCGAGCGUAUUUUACAACGCACACGGUCCCAACUCGCCGCGCACGCGAGGGAACUUUUUCGGAUCGCGGGCGGCCCGGGGAACAACCCUACACCACCACCACCGAGCGAGGAGCCCCCGCUGCGAGUCGAACUGAACGCAGGUCUCGAUGCACCAAAGAGGCACAUGGCUGAGACGACGGCGAGGCAGCACGCGGAGCAUCAUAUCCACGAGCACUUCCUGGGCUGGGCGAAGACGUUCACGGACGGGUCUGUAAAUCCGGCGAGCCACUCGGCCAGCGCCGCGGCCGUGUCGGAGGACACCGGCCGCACGGCCGCCGAGAGGCUCUCUUUCCAGGCGACCUCCACGACAGCUGAGCUGGCGGCGCUGAUCCUGGCACUGUCCAUCGUGGACACCGAGGGGCAGCCAGACCGCCUGGUGAUACUCUGUGACUCCAAGGCUGCUCUCGGACUCCUGAAGAACCUGGACAGGGCCCCAGCACUGGCCAAGGUGGUGACCCAAAAAGCCAUCGAGCUGCAGCGCCGGGGAUGGACGCUGGCCUUCCAAUGGGUUCCUGCACACUGUGGAAUAGCAGGUAAUGAAAGAGCAGAUCGCCUUGCCGCCGAAGCGCAGGAGGAUCCUGCAUACCCGAUCUCCGAGGUCCCGGCCUUCUCCGAUGCACGCCUGCUGGUCAGAAGAGUGGUGGCCGCCCGCCACCCCGAGCUCGAGCACGGGCCCCUGCCCCCGAGGCCCCCGAGGAACAUGCGGCGAGGCGAAGCGGCGGUGAUCCACAGGCUGCGCACGAGCAGCGCCUUCACCCCCGACUACAGAGCGAGGUGGCGAGCCGACGGCGACCGAAGCUGCCCGAGAUGCGCGGCGGCCGUCGCGGACGCCGAUCAUCUCCUCCGCGAGUGCCCGGACUUCGGCGAGGAACGUGAGCGAUUGUUUCGUCGCUACAUCACUCUUGGAUGUAGCACGAACAGCUUUGAAACUCUAAUCAGACCGCAAGGUAAGGCGGCGCAAAGUGCCCUAACAGCGCUCGCAGGAUUCCUCGUCGAGACGGGGCUGGCCGGCGAGAUCUAGGCUGCAACGGUCGCGCAAGAGACAAAGGAUCUGUAGCAGACGACAGCCGCAGAGCUUCGGGGAAAGCUCACCCCACUAGGAAGGCCUGGCCUGGCGCUGCUGCCCGCCCGCCGAAAACGCUCCUCCUUUCCCUCCUUCGGGG